GAGCCGAGAUCAUACCACUGUCCUCCAGCUUGGGCCAUAGACCCUGCUCUCAAAAAAAAAAAAAAAAAAAAGCCCCCGUCCCCUGCCCGCCGGGCCUCGGUGGCAGCAUGGCAGGGGCGCGGCAUCAGCAGCCGCAGCAGCAGGUGGCCCAGGGGGUGUUUCUGUUGGGUCGCAUGGUCUGGCAGCAGCAUGGUGGACUACCUGAUCAGCCGCACACCGGCUAUCUGCUCGAGGACAGGCUCACAGCGCAGCAGCUCUUCGCCAGCACCCACAGUCUCACCUACCAUGACUUCCUGAUUCUCCCAGGAUUCAUAGACUUCAUAGCUGAUGAGGUGGACCUGACCUCAGCCCUGACCCGGAAGAUCACGCUGAAGACACUGCUGAUCUCCUCCCCCAUGGACACUGUGACAGAGGCUGACAUGGCCAUCGUGAUUGCUCUGAUGGGAGAUAUUGGUUUCAUCCACCACAACUGCACCCCAGAGUUCCAGGUCAAGGAGCUGCGUAAGGUCAAGAAGUUUGAACAGGGCUUCAUCACGCACCCCGUGGCGCUGAGCCCCUCGCACACUGUGGGUGAUGUGCUGGAGGCCAAGAUGCGGCAUGGCUUCUCUGGCAUCCCCAUCACUGAGACGGGCACCAUGGGCAGCAAGCUGGAGGGCAUUGUCACCUCCCAAAAUAUCAACUUUCUUGCUGAGAAGGACCAUACCACCCUCCUUAGUGAGGUGAUGAUGCCAAGGAUUGAGCUGGUGGUGGCUCCAGCCGGUGAGAUGUUGAAAGAGGCAAAUGAGAUCCUGCAGUGUAGCAAGACAGGGAAGCUGUCUUUUGUCAAUGAUCGUGAUGAGCUGGUGGCCAUUAUCACUGGCACUGACCUGAAGAAAAACCAAGACUACCCUCUGGCCUCCAAGGAUCCCCACAAGCAGCUGCUGUGCGGGGCAGCUGUGGGCACCUGUGAGGAUGACAAAUAUCACCUGGACCUGCUCACCCAGGCGGGCAUCAACGUCAUAGUAUUGGACUCAUCCCAAGGGAACUCGGUGUAUCAGAUCGCCAUGGUACAUGACAUCAAACAGAAGUACCCCCACCUCCAGGUGAUUGGGGGAAACAUGGUGACAGCAGCCCAGGUCAAGAACCUGAUUGAUGAUGGUGUGGACCGGCUGUGUGUGGGCAUGGGCUGCGGCUCCAUCUGCAUCACCCGGGAAGUGAUGGCUUGUGGUCGGCCCCAGGGCACUGCUGUGUACAAGGUGACCGAGUAUGCCUGGCACUUUGGUGUGCCCAUCAUAGCCAAUGGAGGCAUCCAGACCAUGAGGCACAUGGUCAAGGCCCCAGCCCUUGGAGCCUCGACAGUGAUGAUGGGCUCCCUGCUGGCCGCCACCAUGGAGGCCCCUGGUGAGUACUUCUUCUCAGAAGGGGUGUGGCUCAAGAAGUACCAGGGCAUGGGCUCACUGGAUGCCAUGGAGAAGAGCAGCAGCAGCCAGAAACGAUACUUCAGCAAGGAGGAUAAGGUGAAGAUCACAUACGGUGUCUAGGGCUCCAUCCAGGACAAAGGGUCCAUUCAGAAGUUCAUGCCCUACCUCAUAGUGGGCAUCCAGCACGGCUGCCAGGAUGUCAGGGCCCACAGCCUGUCUGUCCCUCCAUCCAUGAUGUACUCAGGAGAUCUCAAGUUUGAGAAGCGGAUCAUGUCAGCCCAGAUCAAGGGUGGCGUCCAUGGUCUGCACUUUUAGGAGAAGCAGCUGUACUGA